CAUCCUUCAUUCUCGUCCUCAUUCUCGUUCCCGGUCUCGGUCUCGUUCUCAUUCUUAUUCUCCUCUCUCCUUCGCCUUCACGAUCACAAUCACAAUCAAUCUGAUCAGUCUCUUGUUUAUUUCAGGUCCUCUGCAGCAAACAUUCUAUUCCACGGAACAUAACCCAAAUAGAACACUCACUCUUCCGCGUGGUGUGCACAAUAACCCUUCAUUCCCCUCUACCUUCCUCCCUUCUCCUUUUCUUUCACCUACCUCGCCUCCAAGGAUGGCAGCGAACCAGCGCUCCCGAGCACUCAUGUCUGUCUCCACCCUGGACUCGUUCGAUGAUCUCCCGGACCUGAAGCCGCUGCCGCAGUCGCACGCUCCUCUCGCGUGUGAAGACCCCUCUAAAGCCGUCCCCUUUGAUAUGUCCAUUCUCACGAUCUCGCAUAGAAAGGACGUCAACACGAUCAAAGCUCUCAUUGUAGGCGGCGGCAUUGCUGGUCUCUCCCUCGCAAUCAUGAUGGAUAUGGCCGGUAUGGAGUACGAGAUUUUGGAGCGAUGCACGGGCGACGAGCCUGAGUUCGGUGCAGCCCUCACCCUGGGCCCACCAGUCCUACGGCUGCUCGAGCAAAUGGGCUUGCUCGAACAAGUGGAGCAGGCGUCCUCCCCAGUGACGGGAAUAACGGUCGUCGACAGUGAAGGUCGGAAAAUGGGUCGCCUCGAGAGUUUCACAAAGGAACGAUACGGAUAUCCCUUCACGAGCAUGACACGUCCAGCCCUCCAUAAGAUCCUGCUCGACAGAGUUCCCAAAGGCAACCUUCACCGGGGAAAGACCGUUGUGGAGACGCUCCAGAACCCCAAUGGCGUCACGUGCAAGUGCUCAGAUGGAUCAACGUACUAUGGUGACAUUAUCGUGGGCGCAGAUGGAGCACAAAGCCUGACUCGCGAGCGGCUGUAUGCACAGCUCAUAGAACAAGGGAAAUUGCCAGAAGCAGACAUGGAGCCUUCGGUAUAUGAGCACGUAAGCGCCAUUGGCGUGUCUGAUAAGUUGGACGAGAAGCACUAUCCGUCGCUCUCUGACAAGGAGUCCGAGUUCCGGGUGGUCUACACCAAGGAAAAGGAAAAGUCUUGCUCAUUCUGGUACCUGCCUGUUCCUGGCAACCGCGUCGCCUGGGGCCUGAAUGCGCAACUGCCAACGCCCAAGUACAAGUUUCAAUGUCAGUCACCUUCCGCAACUGCCUCAACAGCCGCAUUGACGCGCCCUCAAGUAUCCUCAGUCUCGUCUUCCUCCUCAUCCUCAUCCUUGUCGCAACAAAAGAUCUAUGACGACUGGAUGACGAGCGCACCCGAUCUCGAAGAUGAGUUCCGAUACGUCCUAGACGCACGCUGUGCUGUUGGCACCGGCACUGUGCGCGACUUUUUGAGCCAUACACCACGCGAGAAGAUCGCCCGUGUUGACUUGGUGGAACGACUCUACAAGACUUGGUACCAUGGGCGCAUUGUGCUCCUGGGCGAUGCCUGCCAUCCGCAUCUGGUCGUCGGCGGACAGGGUUCGAUUCAAUGUCUACUGGAUGCAGUAUGCCUGGUCAAUCUGUUGUACGAUAUGGAAUACAACUCACCCCACGAGAUCACCAAGGCCUUCAAGAAGUAUCACACAAAACGAAGCGUGAUCGCAAAGACCUCGAUCGAUGACACAAGCGCUAUGGACAAGGUCUUUCAUAGCCAAGGUCUUCUGGCAAGUAUGAUGCGCAAGCUCCUAUUCAACUCCACCUGGAGCUUCAGCAUCGCAAACGACAAGUUCAACAACAACCGACCACAGCUAUCCUUCCUUCCCUUUGUCGAAGACCGGGCCACGAGCAAAGCCAACAAGCAAAAGGUCUCUGAGCGUCUCACGCGCAACCUUCAAGCGUACCCUCCUCUUUAAUCCGUCCCUUCCUCUCUACUCAGCUUCUAUGCUCUAUAUACGCAAUACCCUGUACAUGUACUUUUAGCCUUUAACUUUUCAAUACAAACUACGCGCUCUACAAGACUAUUACAUAAUUCUGCCCUGCCACAGACAGGCACAAAAGUAAAAAAAAAAAAAA